CACAGAGCCCACUUCCCCACCCAUUCCCGUAUCUUCUCCCCCCUCCCCCACACUCCUCACCACUACAUCUCAAAUCCCUCAUGGCGAGCUCCUGGACGGCGACCAAAGCGAGGGUGACGACGAGGGGAUGCUGGGUCGGCAUGGCUCCCCAUGGCCGCCGAGGGGACGAGCAGGCGGAGGUCCUCGACUACCUCAAAGAUGACGAGGAGGUCGGGGUUGAGGGGACGUCCUCAACGCGCCCGUAGAGGAGAGCCUCGUCGGAGGCAGGAUGGGAGGCCCAUGGUGGCUAAGGCUGGAGUGGGCGGAUCUGAGCUCGGCUGAUGAAGCACGCCGCCAUCGGGGGAGACGAGGAACAGGGAGACGACGAGCCCAGCAUCGGCAAGCUCAACGGAGGAGCCGCGUCGAGGAAGGCAAGGUGGGAAAGGAGCUCAGAGGAGCCGCUCCGAGAUGCGGCGGCUGCUUGGCGGUGCCCGAAGCGACGCGAGCGGGCACGUCCCGCGCUGAUGCGGACGAGACUGUCACGGCCUAGCUCGAGCGGCACCCGGCCACAGGGCCGAGAUGCGGUGGCUGUUGGCGUUGCCAGCGCGACGUCGACAGGCAUAUCACACACUGAUGCGAGCGCCCCCGCAUGGACCACGACCCUCCCAUCCAUCUUCAGGGAAACGCCCUGUGUGGCGAUCUGGAGGCGGUUCAGGUGUUGGGGAGAUCGUACUGAACAAAAAUUGUUCGGUCGUUGCCCCUCCAGACCGGACGUGCGGGCAGCCUCCUCCCCUGCCACACGUGUGGCAGAUAUCAGGACCCAUAUUAAUAUGAGAUGUUAGUUUUGAACUUGUUCCUUUCUCUCAUGAUGUAAUUCUUUACCGAAAAAGGCUUUCGCCCUGCUUUAUAAAUAAAGCAAACCACCACAGCCAA